UUGACGUCGUUUAGCUGAGGUGCAGCAUGGCGGGCGCCGGAGAAGAUGUCUACUGCACGGUAUGAGCUGCUCGCUUUGAUGAGAAGAUUCGGAUUGAGCAUGAAAUAGCUGACGUUGAUGACCGAUGCAGUUGGUUAUGUCCGACUCCUACUUGCCAGGAGCGGCGGUUCUAGCCCAUUCCUUGCGAGAUGCGGGCACGACGAAGAAGCUGGCUUGCUUAAUUACCCUCGACACGCUGGCAGCGGACACAAUAUCAAAGCUUGAUAGCCUUUAUGACUACUUAAUACCCGUCGAACGAACCGCCAAUCCCACCCCUUCCAACCUCUAUUUAAUGGGACGCCCGGACCUAUUGUUCACCUUCACCAAGAUUGCCCUUUGGCGCCAGACACGGUUCCGCAAGAUCGUGUACAUCGAUGCCGAUGUCGUGGCGCUGCGAGCUCCCGACGAACUGUUUGACAUUGACGCUCCGUUCGCCGCCGCCCCGGAUAUCGGUUGGCCUGACGCCUUCAACACCGGUGUCAUGGUCAUUUCACCGAAUAUGGGCGAAUACUGGGCCUUGCAUACCAUGGCAUCGAGCGGAGACAGCUUCGAUGGCGCGGAUCAGGGCUUGCUCAAUCAGUACUACGAGCACAAGAAGUGGCAUCGACUCAGCUUCACAUACAAUUGCACGCCAAAUGCCGAGUACCAGUGGGAACCUGCGUACAGGCACUACAAGAGCCAUAUUAGCAUGGUUCACUUCAUCGGCAAGAACAAACCUUGGACUAAGGCCAGGAACCAGGGUAGUGGUGUGUAUAGCGAGUUGUUGGCUCGAUGGUGGGCGGUGCAUGACCGGCAUUUGAAGGAAUCUGCCUCGGAGUUAGUCGUCCAGACCCAGACAUCAGCUGCCCAACCACCAAUUGCCCGACCACCAACUGCCCAACCACAUGUUGAAAAAGAAGUUGAACAAAAAGUUGAACAAGAAGUUGAAAAAGGAGAUAGGAGUACCGGUUUCGAGCACCCUGCUCUCGGAUACACCGAUCACAUCCCGACAACCGUCGUACGUGCAGCACCGACCACGACGCCUGAAACGCCGGCCACAGAAGUGCCUAUGACGGAGCCUGGAGAGCCUGCGGAGAACAUCGAGCAAGGAGUCACGCAACCAACUCCAACCGUCGAGCAACGUCGUUUCAGCGCACCUCAUGCGGAAUGGGAUGCUACCAGAAACGCACCUCCUCCAGAAUCCAAACCGGAAGCGGCGAAUUUCCCAAACCAGGUAUAUACCUUUAGUGACGAACAAUCGCUAUUCCAACCACCCUCAUCAUAUCCGGAACCUCCAAAAGAUAUGUGGUACCAGGUACCCGAAUCCAAACCGAAAACUCAGGAGAAACCCAAGCCAAUCUUCCCAUGGGAGAUGGGCCGCGAAACCCCGAAGCCAACGCGAGUGUUCCUUGACGACCUACCCACCCCACCCCAACCUGAACCAGAGUCCGACCUGGCCCCAUCCUUCUCAUACGAAAAAUUCGGCCGUGAACCCUCCCCUACCCACGAACCCACCGAACCCGACGAAUACUCCACCCAACCCUUCGCCCCCACCGCCAACGCCUGGGACUCUGUCGCCGGCAUCGACCGGUACGUCCGCGCCGUCAUGGAGGCACAAGCCCGCCGGGGGAUCAAGUCCCCCUCCACCGCACCAGCGCCCGGCGCCAUCGAGGAGCUCCUCUCCCCCAUCGCCCAGCAAUCCGACCCGACCCGACGCGAGAGCCUGAUCCUCACGGACUUCCCGUCCGCGAUCGAACGACCGUCACUGCCGGUGACGCCGGCGCCGAUCCGCCGGCCGAUGUUUUGGGGGGAGGAGCGGGAUGCGGCAGGGGAGUUGCCGAUGGCAGAGGGGGUGCCGGAUCAGGCUGAAUGGGUAUGUCCACGCUGCGGGUUCGGAACCCGGGACCCGCGGCGAUUCAUGAGCGAGUCUGUUCGUCGUGCGUUUGAUGAUGCGUAUGCCGCGUCUGAGAGCGUUACUGCUGUUGUUUCUUCACCAUCAUCACCACCACCACCUGUACAACCUGCACAACCACAACUUUCAUCAUCACCUGCCCCUCCUCUUCCCAGUGUUCAGCAUCCUCGUGCUUUCAAUGUUGCGUCUUCUCCUCGUCCUUCGCGGCCUGGGUGGCGGCAAUUUGAAAUGGGCACGGUAGGGAGGUCAGAUCCCGGUUGGAACAUACCGCCGCCGCUACCACGGCAUCUACAGUAUAGACAGAGGCCGGGUGUAGUACCGGGGGUUCCUUCGACCACUACGGUCGUGGAACCAGCGACGACUGUCUGUGGGUGAGAGAAAGGGGAAAUCAAAUUAUCGUCGGCGGCGGCGGCAUUGUUUAAGGGCUAGUAGGCUGCUGAUCUCCACUGUGCAACGAUCUAGGAGCGGCCAUAUUUGAUCCCUUCAUUCACCCUGUUAUUAUAUCUAGCGCAUCCAUAUCAUAUCCGCAUACUAAUGCCAUACUCUGCGUCUACUUUGUUCCCCUUCUUCCC